AUGAAGCUGUCGUGGGGCCUCUCCUUCGCCCUGUUCGCCACAACACCCUCUGUCUGGGCACUCAGCGGCGCCGCCAACACAGACAACACUGCGUCCUUGCUGGCCUUCGAUCCUGCUACCAAUGACAUCUUGCUCCCAACAGGGUCCAUGUCAUUGGCAAACCCACUCCUCGCAGACACCCACCGACCAGACAACUGCCCUCCAUGCUUCAACUGUCUUCUCGACGCGUUCCCAUGUUCCCAUUUCGCUCCAUGCAACCCCUACGACGGUCGUUGUUCUUGCCCUCCAGGAUUCGCAGGCGACAACUGCUCAGUGCCAGUGUGUGGAGCAUUGUCGGAUGGCAAGGAUCGACCUCAGCGGGAUAGCGAGACAUGCAAAUGCAAGGACGGCUGGUCAGGCAUCAACUGCAACGUUUGCGAGUCUGACCAUGUGUGCGACUCUCUUGUCCCCUCGGGCAAGAAUGGAACAUGUUACCAGGGUGGCCUCACUGUCUUUGAAAACUUUCAGCAGUGCGAUGUUACAAACCGAAAGAUCCUUGACACCCUUGGACCAGACCAACCUCCAGCUAUCACCUUCUCAUGCAACCAACAGAACAAGACCUGUGACUUUCAAUUCUGGGUUGCCCAGGAAGAAUCGUUUUACUGCCAUCUGGACGAGUGCUCCUUUGACCAAAAUGUAAAGCAUGACGAUGUCGAAACGACUUACAAGUGCAAUAACAUCAAGUGCUCAUGUAUUCCGGACAGAAUGCUCUGCGGAAAGGACGGAAGCGUCAAUAUUGACGAUUUUUUGGAGGAGGAGAUUGCUGGACCAGCCGACUUUGUGUGCACAGAUGACAAGAAAUGCGUCUUCCAAGAACCGGCGAUGAACGAGCUGAUUAUGACCAUGUUCGGCGACCCAUCUAUCUACCUCAACUGCCGCAGCGGAGAGUGUGUCCAUUACACUCAGGUUCCUGGAUUCGUCCGCCCGCCUCGCCCCGACUACACUUUAGCAAUCAUUCUCUCGGUCGUCGGUGUUUUCGUAUUCUUGUUCAGUCUGGCCUUCGCUGUGUGGUAUUUGGCCAAGCACUCUGGAUCCUCGGAAGACGGCUUCAUUGCUCUUCCCGAUGACGAGGCUGCCAAGCUGAUGGCGGAACAUAUUCCCGCGACCCUCAUGUUCAAGGACAUGCGCUACGUCGUUGGUGGCAAGGAGGUUCUUCGGGAUGUCAGCGGUUUGGUCAGGCCAGGACAAGUCAUGGCCAUCAUGGGCGCCAGUGGUGCAGGAAAGACCAGUCUGUUGGAUAUCUUGGCCAGACGCCACAAAUCAGGAGCAGUUCACGGCAACAUCUAUAUCAAUGGCAGGACCAUCUCGCACAGCGAAUACAAGCGUGUUGUGGGAUAUGUGGAUCAGGAAGACACACUUAUGCCUACUCUCACUGUCUACGAGACCAUUCUUUAUUCGGCCUUGCUUCGUCUGCCUCGUGACAUGUCGUACGACGCCAAGAGGUUCCGCGUCAUGGAGACCAUGUCAGAGUUGGGAAUUUUGGGCAUCAAGGAUAUGAAGAUUGGCGCCAGUGGACAGCGUUCGAUUUCUGGUGGAGAGAAGCGCCGUGUCUCGAUUGCCUGCGAACUGGUCACAUCGCCCUCGAUUCUCUUUUUGGAUGAACCAACUUCAGGACUGGACUCUUACAAUGCCUACAAUGUCGUCGAGUGCCUUGUCACCUUGGCCAGGAACUACAACCGUACCGUCGUCUGCACGAUUCACCAGCCUCGCAGCAACAUCUUUGCCCUGUUCGACCAAUUAAUUCUGAUGGCCAAGGGCAACCUCGUCUAUUCUGGAGAGACCCGCAAUUUGAACACGCAUUUGAAGAGUCUUGGUCACCCUUGUCCCGAAGGCUUCAACAUGGCGGACUAUAUGCUCGACCUGACGAUGUAUACCGGAAAGGCGACAAAGUCAUCCAGCAGAUCCACACUCCCAACGCGAAACGUACAGGACGAGCAGGAAGAAGAACUCUAUGGUGCCGAGACGUCAUCUUCGUCGUUGGGUCUUGAUAACACCGGCAUCCCUGGCUUCUCGACCACAAACAGUCCUGCAUUCACCCGUGCACCAAGCAUCAUUGACGAUUCGCUGCAGUGGGAGAGCGAGUUGGCUUCACGGGAACAGGACCGACCAAAGGCAAACGGCGGUUUGAACAACAACGCCGGCGCACGAUCUGGACUUGCCCGCGACACUGCCAUUGGUAUCGACCACCCCUCUUCGUCUGGAGCCAGCAACAGCAGCACACAUGGAGAGUCGCCUGUGUUGGACGAUAGCGGGGCACAUCUUCAGACUCUGGUUGAUGGUUUCAAGCGGAGUCAUAUUCUUCUGGAGGUGGAACAAGCUAUCGACUUUUCUGUUCAAGAAAACCAGGGUGCAGAGGAAAACUCGACAGCUCGAUCGAUCUAUGGCAACGGCAAGGCUUUCUCGACUUAUCGCCGCGCCACACGCUGGAGCCAGUUCAAGAUUCUCGCUGACAGGACGCUCAAGAAUAUUUAUCGGGACCCCAUGCUGAUGCUCUCGCAUUUCGUGAUGGCCAUCUUCCUGGGUCUUCUCUGCGGUGCUCUGUUCUACAAUGUUACGAACGACAUUCCCGGAUUCCAGAACCGCAUGGGAGUUUUCUUCUUCAUGUGCGCCCUCUUUGGUUUCUCCUGCCUCUCGAUCCUGCCGUCGUUUGCCCAGGAGAGGAUCUUGUUUGUCCGCGAACGCGCCAACGGUUACUAUUCCCCUUUCACAUAUUUCUCGACCAAGGUCUUGUUCGACAUUGUCCCACUCCGUGUUAUUCCUCCAAUGCUCAUGGGCUUGAUCAUCUACAACAUGGUCGGACUGGUCGAGGGCUGGACUGAGUUUGGCAAGUUCUUCUUGGUUCUGGUCCUGUUCAACUUGACGGCUGCUGGAGUGUGUCUGAUGAUCGGUAUCAUCUGUGAGGAGGUCGGAGUCGCCAACUUGAUGAGCAGCUUGGUCAUGCUCUUCUCCAUGCUCUUUGGCGGUCUUUUGUUGAACAAAGAAUCCAUCCCUGACAAGUUGUCGUGGCUCCAGAAGCUGUCCUUCUUCAACUAUGCUUUUGAGGCUCUCUUGGUGAACGAGAUCACGUUCUUGCAGUUGAUCCAGAGGGAAUACGGACUCGAGAUUGAUGUCCCUGGAGCAGUUAUCUUGUCGACAUUCGGAUUCAACUCAGGCGCAUACUGGAAGGACGUCCAGAGCCUCGGGAUCAUGGGAGGAAGUUUCUUUUUGCUGGCGUUCGUCUGGCUUCACUUCAAGGUCAACGAGCGUCGUUAG